GCCGGCAACGAGAUCUACUCGGGCGGCAUCGACAACGACAUCAAGGUUUGGGACCUGCGGAAAAAGGCUGUGGUCUACUCCAUGCUUGGCCACAAUGACACUGUGACAGGGCUCAGAGUAUCGCCCGACGCGCAGUCAUUGCUGUCUUACUCGCAUGACUCGACAGCCAAGACGUGGGAUAUCAGGCCUUUCGCUCCCACGGAACGACACAUACGCACCUUUGACGGUGCACAGGUUGGCCUAGAGAAGAACCUGAUGCGGGCAAGCUGGGACAAGACUGGGAAGAAGAUUGCUGCUCCCGCGGGCGAUGGAACCGUCGUCAUCUGGUCCAGCGACAAUGGCAAGCUUCUCUACAAGCUACCCGGCCACAAGGGCACGGUGAAUUGCGCAGAGUUUGCCCCCAACGACGAGCCGAUUAGUGAGUUGCCUGCACCGCAACUCGACACUUUGGGCGUUGCCACUAAUACUGCUAUAGUUCUCUCAGCCUCGUCGGACCGCAGGAUCCUGCUAGGUGAACUGCGAUGA